GGCUCGUCACCAAAGGCAGUGUUGAGGAAGACAUCAUCGAAAGGGCCAAACGAAAGAUGGUUUUGGAUCACCUCGUCAUACAGCGAAUGGACACAACCGGGAGGACAGUGUUAGCCAAAGACAGUUCUGACUCGCGAUCCAACACAACGCCAUUCAAUAAGGAAGAGUUGGCGGCAAUUCUCAAGUUUGGUGCCGAAGAGCUGUUUAAAGAGGGCGAAGAGGCAGACGACGAACUGCAGUGCGAUAUCGAUGAGAUCCUACGCAGGGCUGAGACCCGCGAAGAUGGGUCACAAUCGGUUGGCGAUGAGUUGUUGUCGGCCUUCAAAGUCGCCUCUUUUAACUUCAAUGAAGACGAGGACGUGAGUGCCUUAAGUGCUCAGCACUCGCCUCAUGUGGAGGAAGUCGCCAAAGAGAAGGAUUGGGAUGAGAUUAUUCCCGAAGCGGACCGACUCAAGAUCGAAGAGGAGGAGAAGCAGAAGGAAGGACUGGAUAUGUUUUUACCGCCGAGAAGUCGCAAAUCUGCUCAACAGUCGGGCGCGCCCUCAGACAGCGGUGAGGAAUACGACCCAAAUCGGGUCAAAGACGACAAGGAAGACGUGGGAAGCGAUGACUCGGACAGCGAUAAACCGAAAAGACGCGGACGACCGAAGGCAUCGCCGCGAGAGAUAGUGAAAGGGUUUUCUGAGACAGAAGUUCGCAGAUUCAUCAAGAGUUUCAAGAAGUUUCCGAAUCCGUUAAACAGAUUGGAAUCCAUUGCCAUCGACGCAGAACUCCAAGAGAAGUCUACCACUGAUCUCAAGCGCAUCGCCGAAGCCUUACAACUCGGUUGUGAAAACGCCGUCAAAGAAUAUAAUGAGAAAUUUGUUUCCGAAAAUCAGACCGAAGACAGCAAUUUGACCGCUAAUAACAAGAAGAACAAUAGGGGUCCGAACUUUAAGUUGGGAGGAGUCAGUGUUUUCCCUAAGAACAUCCUUUCGUGUCAGAAAGAAUUGGAAGCAUUGGAUGUUCUUUUGCCACCGACUCUGGACGAGAAGAAGAAAUGGGUUUUGAAAUCGAAAGUAAAGGCAGUUCAUUGGGAUGUGCUCUGGAAUAUUGAGGACGACUCGCGGCUUUUGACUGGUGUUCAUGAAUACGGUUUGGGCAGUUGGGAGGCCAUCAAAAUGGAUCCGUCCUAUGGAUUGGCUGAUAAAAUACUCGCAGACGGCGACCAAAAGCCUCAGUCCAAGCAAUUACAGACACGAGUCGAGUAUUUACUAAAGUUUAUGCAGAAACUGAUUGCCGCCCAAAGAAUACAGGCCGAGGCCUCCAAACCUCGCAUUAAGAAACCAAAAGCACUGAAACCCAAAACU